CAACAAAGAAAAGGAAAGAGGAAGAGACAGAACCACAACUUGAAGAGGAAGAGAGAGAAGAUAAACCCAAGAGCAAAACAAAAAGACAAAAAAGACAAGAAAAAAAGGAGGAACCAGACAUAGAAGAGGUGAAGGAAGAGGAGGUUAAACCAAAACGUUUGCAAUACAGGUCGAAUCUUUACAGCAUUGUAAGCCUUCUACAUGAUGUAAAGUUCAAUGAAGUACAAUCCGAACAGAUUCAGAAAUCACCUUUUGCGAACAUGUUGUUUGCAAUUACUCAAGGCAGUAUUGAUGAGCAAAUGGUGAAGAAAUCUGAUCCUGUCCUUAUCAAGUUGAUAGAGACAUAUAAGAGAGGUCAAGCAAAGUUUUCCCUAGCAAGAAAAGAUAUUCCUCUGACUGAUCAUGACAUUGGUGUCAUUUUUGGAAUAACAUCUGGACCGGUGAAGAUCCACAUCGCAACCCACGGGCGAAGGCCAGACACAGAAUUUGCCAAUCGAGUCUUUGCUGGGGCAAGCACCAUGCACCUUUCAACAAUGAGGGUGACAAUUGAAAAUAUUUUGAAACCUCCCGUCAAGAAGAAGCAGAAGAAGAAGCAAAAGCAAGUAUCAGAGAUAGAAGCUGCAAAAGAUUUGGCACGUCUUCUGACAUUGUACACCAUUGGAACACUGUUUUUCCCAACAACAGGUCCAAACCUGAAUUGGUCCUACCUGAAGCUUGUUGAGGAUUUGGAAAAUAGUGCAAAUUACAAUUGGUCAAUGUUCAUCACUAAUAAUCUUGUUAACGAACUCAACUCCAAGAAUCCGGCGAUUGUUGGUGGUUGCACCACUGCACUCCUGUACUGGCUCUGUGAACAUACCCACAUUAUGGAACCAGCUCAACAAACUUUUCCAAGAUUUAUGAAAUGGAAAAUGAAUGAGCUUGCUGCUAAACUGUUGGAGGCACCACUGAGCAGCCUUCCAGAGGGAAUGGUAAGCAUCAUUACCUAUUGGAUUUUAUUAUGUAUUAUGGUCAAAACUAGAUAACGGUAUCUCAUCAAAAAUAGUGUA